AGCAGGGAAUAAUCCUGAGGAAAGUUUCUGCUUGGAGAAUCAGCUCAGGUGCUGCAGCAGCAGAGGCAAGAAGGACCUUCAAAGGGAGCAACUGCAGGAAAGGAUGAGAUUCGACUCCACAGCCAGAUGGGAGGGGUGGAGAGAACAACCAGAACCAAAGCUCAGGAGGUUGCAGGCAGAGCUGCUGGAGGAAAGGGCUGGGUGGAAGAGAAGGAAGCCCUGCCCCAGCACUGAGACACCCCAGUGCUCACCACCUCCAGCACUAGAGGACUCAAAGUGUAAUAGGAGGGAAGGAACCCACAGCACAGAGCACACAGAAUCCAAGGUGGGUGAGUCACCAGUAACUGGUUCAAAGGAACACCUCAAGGAUCAGCAUCAUUGUCAGCAAGAUGCUUUCCCAAAGGCGGAAGGAAGAGCUGUCCCUUACCCCAACAGCUGUCUCAGGAACAUCUGGCUCAGCAUGGACAAAUCGGAUCCCUCAGACUUAUCCAACUCCUGUGUGCAUGCCUGUACCAGUGCGUGCUUCGAGGGUGAUUACAUCUUCAAACAGGGAGCUGUGACCAGACCUGCACUUGGGAUGCAGACAGCAACUCUGGAGACUGCUCCGCCAGGACCUCAAGACUUCACUGUCUGUCCAAGUUCUCUCCAAGCAGACAAUUGUCCCACUGCAGAGAGCACACAGCGGGUGGGAGACGAGGGAUUCUGGGAAGAAUCUACUUUUAACCUUGUUCCACUCCUGAGAAGCAGUCAGAAGGAGGAUUUAUUUCAAAUUCACUUCAGAAUACUGGCAGGGGACAGAGCCAGGAGCUCUCCUGCGCUCUGCCAAAGCCCUUCCAGUUCUCCAAGUAUUCAUUUACAGAAAACAGCCUUCUGGUGGUUACAGCGCUCCUCGUGAUUUAGCUUCUAGCUCCAGCAGAGGUUAACACAAAUGGAAAUGAAGCAAUACACUCAAAAAGAGUGCAAAUACCUGAACCCUUAGCAAUCUGUCAGGUGGACUGAUUUAACCCUAGGUAAUAAAGCAAUUUCUAUUGU